AUGGUCUCAUCGUCGGUCAUCUAUCCUCUGGACAUUGCCAAGGCACGCUACAUAACUGCGCAGACAGGCACGUACACUCACGUGAGUCAAGUAUUCACGCACGCGAUACGCACAGACGGCGUCAAGAGUCUGUUCAGAGGACUGGGUAUGAGAGUGAGUGUGCUGGGCUGUGAGUAUAUGGUGGAUGUGUGG